CCCCUCCCCGCCUUUCCCCUCCAGGUGUACUGCAGGGUGCGGCCUCUCAGCCGUCCGGACCAGGAGUGCUGCAUCGAGGUGAUCAACGAGACCACGGUGCAGAUCCACCCGCCCGACGGAUACAGGAUAUUCCGCAACGGGGAGUACCGGGAGACGCAGUAUUCAUUUAAAGAAGUGUUUGGCACCCUUGUUGUUCAGAAGGAGCUUUUUGAUGUGGUGGCUAAACCUCUAGUGGAAGAUCUCAUUCGUGGGAAAAAUGGUCUUCUUUUUACAUACGGCGUGACAGGCAGUGGGAAAACACACACCAUGACAGGAUCUCCUGGUGAUGGAGGACUUCUCCCACGGUGUUUGGAUAUGAUCUUCAACAGCAUAGGACCAUUCCAGGCCAAGCGAUUUGUUUUUAAGCUUGAUGACAAGAAUGGUGUGGAUGUUCAGUGUGAAGUAGAUGCUCUAUUAGAGCGCCAGAAAAGAGAUGCCAUGCCUGUGCCAAAAACUCCAUCUGGCAAGCGACAAAUAGAUCCAGAAUUUGCCGAUAUGAUCAAUGUGCAAGAUCACUGCAAAGUGGAAGAAGUUGAUGAAGAUAAUGUCUACAGUGUCUUUGUCUCCUAUAUUGAGAUCUACAACAACUACAUAUAUGACCUCUUGGAGGAAGCUCCCUUUGAACCUAUAAAACCAAAGUGGAACAAUUGCAACACUCCUGUGCGAAAUGGUGACUUUAUACCUCCACAGUCCAAAAUACUUCGUGAGGACCAGAACCACAACAUGUAUGUCACAGGAUGCACAGAAGUAGAGGUGAAAUCUACAGAAGAAGCUUUUGAAGUGUUUUGGAGAGGUCAAAAGAAGAGGCGUAUUGCAAACACUCAGCUGAAUCGAGAAUCUAGUCGCUCUCACAGUGUUUUUAUAAUAAAGUUGGCUCAGGCACCCCUGGAUGCAGAUGGAGAUAAUGUGCUACAGGAGAAAGAACAGAUCAUUUUAAGCCAACUGUCUUUGGUUGAUCUGGCUGGAAGUGAAAGAACUAAUAGAACAAAAGCUGAAGGGAACAGGUUGCGAGAAGCAGGUAAUAUUAAUCAGUCACUAAUGACAUUAAGAACAUGUAUUGAAGUUCUACGGGAAAACCAGAUGUAUGGAACAAAUAAGAUGGUUCCGUACAGAGAUUCCAAACUGACUCAUCUCUUCAAGAACUAUUUUGAUGGUGAAGGAAAAGUGCGUAUGAUUGUGUGCGUUAACCCUAAAGCUGAGGACUACGAGGAAAGCUUGCAAGUCAUGCGCUUUGCAGAAAUGACCCAGGAAGUUGAAGUUGCAAGACCUGUUGAUAGACCGCUCUGUGGUUUAACGCCAGGACGGCGCUUUAGGAAUCAGGCCUUCAGAGAGGAACUCUCACGGAAAUUGGAGAUGCGGGGUGGCCCAAUAAAUGGAGAAACAGAAGAGCAAUCUGUUUCAGAAAUGUUUUUGCAGAACUUUCCUCCGUUGCCUUCGUGUGAGCUAUUGGAUGUUAAUGAUGAUCAAACACUUCCAAAGCUUAUUGAAGUCCUGGAAAAACGCCAUAAACUACGACAAAUGUUGUCAGAGGAGUUUGCCAAAAACGUGCUUGCAUUUAAAACAAUGCUGCAAGAAUUUGACUCCAGUGUUGUAUCCAAGGAGAACUAUAUUCAAGGAAAACUGUCUGAAAAAGAGAAAACAAUAGCAGGACAGAAAACAGAGCUAGAACGCCUGGAGAAGAAAAUUAAAACUUUGGAAUACAAGAUUGAGAUUUUGGAGAAAACUGCGACAAUUUAUGAAGAAGACAAGCGUAAUCUUCAGCAAGAGCUAGAAAGCAAGAGCCAGAAAUUACAACGUCAGGCUUCUGACAAGCGUAGGUUGGAGGCACGAUUGCAAGGCAUGGUGGCAGAAACAACCAUGAAAUGGGAGAAAGAGAUAGCAGCAAAGCAACUGGAGAUGCAGAACAAACUUUGGGUCAAAGAUGAAAAACUGAAGCAACUGAAGGCCAUUGUUACUGAACCAAAAAAUGAAAAGCCAGAGAGGCCUUCAAGGGAGAGAGACCGAGAAAAGCCUGUUCAGAGAUCAGUGUCUCCUUCACCACUACCUAAUGCAACUCCAGUUCGUCUCAGACACAGACGGUCACGCUCAGCUGGGGAGAGAUGGGUAGAUCAUAAGCCACCUUCUAAUCUGCCCACUGAAACAGUCAUGCAGCCGCACGUCCCUCACGCCAUCACAGUAGCGGCUGCAAGUGAAAAAGCACUAGCUAAGUGUGACAAGUAUAUGCUGACGCACCAGGAGCUAGCCUCUGAUGGGGAGAUUGAAACAAAACUAAUUAAGGGUGACGUUUUCAAAACCAGGGGUGGUGGACAGGCCGUGCAGUUCACAGAGAUAGAGACUCUGAAGCAGGAAUCUCCAACUGGUCGAAAGCGAAGAUCAUCACCUUCCAAUCCUGACCCACCUGAGGAUACUGCAGACUCCGAAUGGACUGAUGUAGAAACCAGAUGUUCCGUGGCAGUGGAGAUGAGGGCAGGAUCAGCUCUUGGACCUGGAUAUCAGCAUCAUGCCCAGCCCAA